AUGUGGACCUGCACGAGAUGCUGUCCGCUAGCGCCUCUCUGCGGACCAACCUGCCCUUGCCAGUGUCCUCGCGGUGUGCGCCAUUUCUCCAACAGCUCCGAAGACUCUGAUGGCACCCCCAGCAUGAGCUUCCAAAUGAGCCGACCUCCGGAGGUUUCAGCUGCUCUAAGCGAGCGGGAGUGGAUUGCGGAGUCCGAGGAGUGGCCCGAGGGCUUAGCCAUUCCUGCCGGAUUUCUUUUCGACACCCCGGACUUGCGCACAUUGCUCUCCACAGACGAGAUGCACAGAGUGCAAGCCUUCAAGGAAACCGUGGAUGAGCAGACUGUGCCACCAGAAAACGUGUCGGUCACCGACCACCACUGUGCCGAGCCUUUCGCGAUCGGCGGCGGCUGCAUAUGCACCUGGGGCUGCUCUCCCUUGCCUUACCUGAGCUCAGAUAUCACCUCGAACACGAGCCUUGCCUGUGAUGGGCCAUGGCCUGAGCCCCUCCAGUUGGUGGUACUUCGCAAGACAAUCUGUGGGCCUAGGAGGGUGCACAAGGCUUACACGUUGGGGAAGACAGCACAGCCCGACGGCAUCGUGGCGAAGUGCAAGGUCGGAACGUUGAUGGUGGCGCUUGCAGCAAGCACUUGCCAUACGACGGGGCGGAGAUCCUGGCUGCCUUUCCUGAAGAUCAGAGCAGGUUUCGAUGCCUCGGCGGUGGCGAGUGGAGUGAAAAGCCAGUCCACGAGACUGUGGCCCGCGGAUGGUGUUUGGAGCUUGAGGGCAACGAGAAGGUCAUCAUGGUAA